AUGCAGAAUGGAUUUCAAGACAUUUGGCAGUUUGGAAUUUGCAAUCUGGAACUUCAACAAAAGCUAAAAAUAUUGGAUUUCAUGAAAAAAUUUGGAAAAGUCUUUUUGUGUCUCUGGUUGGAAGUUUCUUCUGUGAGCAUAAAGGAAAUCCUCUAAAGAAAAAAAAAACAUGGGCGAUUAAAGUAAAUAGGCUGGAUGAAAAUGAGAAAUUAUGGAUUGCUGGAAAACAUGCAUUACUUUGUGAGAAAGAUCAGUAUGAGAAUCACAGGAAGGAUGGAAGAAGAUUGCCGAAGCGUCAUGCCGUGCCUACACUUUUUUCUCGCAGACCCGCACCUAAGAGAAGAUGCUCUGGACCAAAAACAGGGCAUAGAAACAAUUGUGAGCGUAUAGAUCCGACCUUGGACCACAGUUAUGCUACAAAUUUAUCUCCUAUGACGUCUAUGCAGCCCAGUACAGAAAACGGUGAUGACUGUAAAAGCACGAAUGGAGACGAAGAUAAGGAGACAUCUGGUCCAGUAUUUCGGGACUUCGGUAUUCUUGUUUGCCAGCCACUGUCACCAAAAUCAAAACAAAUUAAUGAACUGAAAUCUCGAUUGCAUAAUGCGUUACAUAGAUUUAAAAGAGUGCAGAAAAGUAAGAAGGAUCUCUACGAAGAAAUAAGAAAAUUAAAGUCUAGAGUCAACACACAGAGUACAAACAUAAAAUUAAUUUUCAAUCGUGAUCAAAUGAAAACCCUUGGAAACGUGUCAACACGGGAAAUAAAAUGGCAAAAUAAUAAGAUAAGAAAGGCUCUGUAGUUAAAAUCUGCUUGUGGAAGAUCAGGCU